CCCGCCGGGGCCCCCGCCGGGUGGCUCACCAGAUCCCGCAAGAGAUCCUCUCGGACCCUGAGCUCCAGGCAGCUGUGGUGUCCCUCCCCAGCAACUACAACUUUGAGGUCCACAAGACGGUGUGGCGGAUCCGGCAGGCUCAGGCGAAGCGGGUGGCGCUGCAGAUGCCCGAAGGCCUCCUCAUGUUCGCCUGCACCCUGGCAGACAUCAUUGAGAGGUUCACAGAGGCAGAGGCCGUGGUGAUGGGCGAUGUGACCUACGGGGCCUGCUGCGUGGACGACUUCACCGCCCGAGCGCUGGGAGCCGACUUCCUGGUCCACUACGGCCACAGCUGCCUGGUUCCCAUCGACUCCACGCAGGGAGUGAAGAUGCUCUAUGUCUUUGUGGACAUCAAGAUUGACACGGGGCACUUUGUGGAGACCCUGCGCUUCAACUUCCCUGCGGGGGCCGCGCUGGCCCUCGUCAGCACCGUCCAGUUCGUCUCGGCGCUGCAGGCUGCCCGGCAGGCUCUCCAAGCUGACUACUCCAUCUGCACCCCGCAGUGCAAGCCUCUCUCGCCUGGGGAGCUGCUGGGGUGCACAGCCCCCCGCCUGGCCCAGGCCACGGACGCCAUCGUGUACCUGGGAGACGGCCGUUUCCACCUGGAGUCCAUCAUGAUUGCCAACCCAGGGAUUCCUGCCUACAGGUACGACCCCUACAGCAAGGUCUUCUCGGAGGAGCACUACGGCCACGAGCGCAUGCAGAGGAUGCGGAAGGAAGCCGUUCGGGAGGCGUCUUGCGCCGGAAAGUGGGGCCUCAUCCUGGGGACGUUGGGGCGCCAGGGGUCCCCAGCCAUUCUGGAGCACUUGGAGUCCACCCUCCGUUCCUUGGGGCGCCCCUACAUCCGCCUCCUGCUCUCGGAGAUUUUCCCUGGCAAACUGCAGCUGUUCCCCGAUGUUGAGGCGUGGGUUCAGGUGGCCUGUCCCAGGCUCUCCAUCGACUGGGGGGAAGCCUUCGGAAAACCUCUCCUCACGCCCUAUGAGGCCGCCGUGGCUCUGCAACAGGUCCAGUGGCAAGAGACCUACCCCAUGGAUUUCUACGCCAGCCAGUCUCUGGGGCCGUGGACGGUGAACCACAGCAGCCACCAGCCGCAGAGGGGGCGCCGGGAGAAGGAGGUGAUCCCGGCGAAGGCCACACUCCAGCCUGAGAAGAAAUCCUGUGGGCGCUGCGACUGCCGAGAGGAGGAGGAGGAGGAGAAGGAGAAGGAGAAAGAAGAGGUGCCGGUGCCCAGCCCUCAGCCUUGAGGCUCCGUGCCAGACCUGGGGGGUUCAGGCAGGUCCUGGGACCACACUGAGCUGUUGGGCUAGGCAGCCCCUCUGAGGAACUGCAGGGCUGGCGCUCUGGGGCACAAACACCAGCCAAGCCCAGAGGAUGCGCCUCCAAGGGGGCAAGUGGCCAUUGCUGCCCUGCGGUUUGGGGGCCAAAGUCUAGCCCAGUGGCUCCCCAAACGGGUGGCACUAACUCCUGGGGGGCGGUGGGAUU